AUGGCAUUAUUUCAUCAAAAUGUAGUUCCAAGUCCUACUUCAUCAAUAUUUACAAAGUUUAAGAAUUUUGGAAAAAACCAAGUGCCUCCGACGUUCUCGAACAUUUACGUGAAGUGGCCUCAGAACUUAAUGAAGAAUGUGAAGAAAAUACUCUUACAGAGACAGAUUUCUAUGAAGGAGAAAAAAAUUUUUUUAAAUAUAUAUCCAAAUGAUCCAAAUGAAAAUAUUUUGGAUGAAUUAAAUUGGGUAUCAGCAGAUAAACUAAUUAUUGGUGCUAGCAGAUUGGAUCAAAGCUUUGUCAAACCCAGUCUUGCAAAAUAUGAAAAGUUAUUGAAAACUGCGGGGGCUGAUGAAAUAAGAAGACCAAACGUUUAUGAUUAUAUUCAAGUUAAACAAAAAAAUGAAGAUAUAAACUUAAAGUCGGAAAGUCUUGUCAAAUCACUUCAACAAUUAUUAGAAGCCGAAUCUUGUAAUUUACUUAAUGAUGUAAUAUUUACCAUAGAUCAUUUUAGUUCUGAAAUGCAAGAAAAGUGGAAAAAUUUUGCUGAAGAAUAUGGUGAAAUUCGUGCAAAUAGAUACGUGCUUGCAGCAGUUUCAAAUCACUUCAAAAUUGCAUUUUCAAGUAGUUAUAGAGAUGGAGACCCAUAUAAAGCAGCAAGAAUUCCUGCGUGUGAUAUUAAUCCUGAAUCAUUUAAAAUUAUGUUAAGAUACCUAUACGCUAUGCCACUUGAUACGGCUAUUAAUCUUACAAAGUGUAAUUCAGAUAACUUUAAUAACAUUAGAAAUGAAGAUAAUUACGGCGAUUAUAUUGAUGAAGAGAUUGCUAAAGAAAAAGAAAGACAAUUAACUAUCCUACUAGAUUUUUUGAAAGCAUCGGACUAUUAUGCAAUAGCAGACUUGAAAAAGGAUACUAUAGAGAAAAUUAUUAGUGAUGGCUAUGUUGAACGUCUUAACGCUGAUGAUAUUUCUAAAUAUGCUAGCGAACAUAAUGCUAACUUGCUU